GAAAGUUGGAUCCCGACUGAAGAUCUGUAGAGCUUGUUGCAAUAGUCGAGACAUUCUUCUCUAAACUAGAAGAAAAGUGCUAUUUGCUAAUCCGACAGCAAAUAGUCAUGAGAGAACGUGUGUGAAACAUCGGAGCGGUUUUCAAGGCAGCCUAUUCAUCCAGAAAACUAUAUCCACCGCUUUGCACGGCCACUGAGGAAAUGUGUUUGUUUCAUGCUGCCACUAUCUUCCACGACUCCUCUGAAGGCCACCGUUUUCGGUGGCACAAAUGUCUCCCCGUUCUAGAGGAACAAUGUUACGAGACACGAGGUUUCUCGUAACGUGGCGAAUGUGAAGGCGAGCCAUGUUACUUCUGCAUCCCACGCAUGAGUCUUUGUCCCGAGUGAGUUCUUAUGUUCAAGUCGAACUCUGUAUAGGACAUUCUGGGCCGCAUCAGGGGAUAGUCAAUGUCGAGGAAUGCUUUGGCAGCUGUGGGUCAGUCUCGCAGAAGGGUCCUGUUGAACCUCCUCACAUGGUCCAUAAGACCCACUUUCCGGUGGAGAUACCUGCACCUGCGAGGGUACUACCCCGUAUGAUGCUGUCACCCACUCUUCUUUUGAUAUUCAGAAUCAAUUGAUGCAGAGUUUCACUUUUUAUGCUGCUUUCUGGAAUACCGACGUCUAGAGAACGAGGCCUUGUUUGAGUAUUCUUGAGAGCCAUGGCUGGGAAGUAGAAAACCAGGGGACACACCGAGACAUUGUUUACAAUCGAUGUUUCAGGAUUGAAAACAUCAAGUGCACGCACCUGAACUUUCGAGGUCGUGUGGGUCAAAGAGGGGAAACUC